ACUUCACUUCUUCAUUCAACUCUUUCUCAACCUCGAUUCUCACGCGCCAUGAAAACUAGGGUUCAAGCUUGAUCUUCAUCUUCUUCUUCUUCUUCUUCCCCUCUCUCUCUCUCUCUCUCUCUCUCUCUCUCUCAAUGGCUUCUUCAUCUUCCUUACUCUUACGACCGGAGCUCAGGUUUCUUCCUCCGCAAAUCACCCCCAAACGGCGCCGUUUCUCCCUCACCGGAUUUUGCCCAUGCUACUCCGUUUCCAGGCACAAUGUCUCUCUUCGCAUGCGAAUCCGCGCUGUCAAGGAAGAAGGUGCUGCAGUGGUUGACUUGGCGGAGAGAGCGAGCGAUGUCAAAUGGACUGGAAACGGUGCUGCUACUUCUGCUGCUGCACGAGGUAGCACUAAUGGCUCUGUCAGAGGUUACGACUUGAAUGGAAGCUUGGUGAAGUAUGGGAGUGGGAAUGGGAAUGGAGCUGCGGCGGUGGCGGGAGGAGAUUUUUCUGCUGAAGCGUCGAGCAAGAGGAAGAGGAGGUUGGAGGAGAUUGGUAAAGAAGAUGCGUGGUUUAAACAAAGUAAGGAACCGCAGGUUGAGGUGGCGGUUGCGCCUGGAGGUCGUUGGAGCAGGUUCAAGACUUACUCCACUAUACAGAGAACGUUGGAGAUUUGGGGAUUUGUCAUCACAUUUGUCUUCAAGUCUUGGCUGGAUAGUAAGAAGUUUUCGUAUAGAGGAGGAAUGACUGAGGAAAAGCAAAAAUUGAGGCGAAAGGCCCUUGCCAAGUGGCUGAAGGAAAGCAUUCUAAGAUUAGGUCCUACGUUUAUCAAGAUCGGACAACAAUUCUCCACGAGAGUGGACAUUCUUCCUCAAGAAUACGUUGACCAGUUGUCAGAACUUCAGGAUCAAGUUCCUCCAUUUCCCUCAAAGACUGCUAUAGCUAUUGUUGAGGAAGAGCUUGGAGCUCCUUUAGCUAGCGUCUUUGAUCAGUUUGAGUAUGAACCAAUAGCAGCUGCAAGUCUUGGCCAGGUUCAUCGUGCGAGAUUAAAGGGAGAGGAGGUUGUUGUCAAAGUGCAAAGGCCUGGUCUCAAGAGUCUUUUUGAUAUUGAUCUUAAAAACCUGAGGGUUAUUGCUGAAUAUCUUCAAAAAGUUGAUCCUAAAUCAGAUGGUGCAAAGAGGGAUUGGGUUGCUAUUUAUGAUGAAUGUGCCUCUGUUUUAUAUCAGGAGAUUGACUACACCAAGGAAGCUGCUAAUGCAGAACUAUUUGCAAGUAACUUUAAGAAUAUGGAUUAUGUCAAAGUCCCUUCGAUUUAUUGGGACUAUACAACACCACAGAUUCUGACAAUGGAGUAUGUUCCAGGGAUUAAAAUAAACAAAAUACAAGCUUUAGAUCAGCUAGGUGUUGACAGGAAAAGGUUAGGGAGAUAUGCUGUUGAGUCUUACUUGGAGCAGAUUCUAUCACAUGGUUUCUUCCAUGCUGACCCUCAUCCUGGAAAUAUUGCAGUUGAUGAUGUCAAUGGUGGAAGAUUGAUCUUUUAUGAUUUUGGAAUGAUGGGAAGUAUCAGUCAAAAUAUCCGAGAAGGUUUACUUGAAACUUUUUAUGGAGUUUAUGAGAAGGAUCCAGAUAAGGUCCUUCAAGCAAUGAUUCAAAUGGGCGUUCUUGUCCCAACUGGAGAUAUGACUGCCGUUAGACGAACAGCACAGUUCUUCCUCAAUAGUUUUGAAGAGCGUCUGGUUGCACAAAGGAGAGAGAGAGAGUUGGCUGCAGCUGAACUGGGAUUCAAAAAGCCACUAAGCAAAGAGGAAAAAGUAAUGAAGAAGAAAGAACGUCUGGCUGCUAUUGGUGAAGAUUUAUUAUCCAUUGCAGCAGACCAGCCCUUCCGGUUUCCUGCGACAUUCACAUUUGUUGUUAGAGCCUUCUCAGUGUUAGAUGGCAUUGGAAAGGGCCUUGACGCCCGUUUUGAUAUUACUGAGAUUGCCAAACCUUAUGCCCUGGAGUUGCUGAAAUUCCGUGAGGCAGGAGUUGAAGUUGUCCUAAAGGACUUCAGAAAGAGAUGGGACAGACAAUCUCAAGCAUUUUAUAACUUAUUUAGACAGGCUGAUAGGGUUGAAAAGCUUGCCAACAUUAUUGAAAGAUUGGAGCAAGGUGAUCUAAAGCUCAGAGUACGGACUUUGGAAUCUGAGAGGGCAUUCCAACGUAUUGCCACUGUGCAGAAAACAAUACUGAAUACAGUAGCUGCUGGAAGCCUAAUAAACCUUGCAACAGUUCUGUAUCUCAAUUCAAUCAGGGUUCCUGCCACUAUAGCUUAUUUCUUUUGUGCAAUCUUUGGUUUUCAAGUUCUCUUUGGCAUUUUCAAGAUCAAGAAGUUAGAUGAACGGGAACGGUUGAUUACAGGGACAGCAUAAGCAACUACUAGCCCAUUUUGCAGAUUUUGGAUUGACAUGUAACUCACGUUGAAGUCAUGGUUACGAGUCAACUUCCAGAGCAUAAAAAAGCAUAAGAAGCUCAAGUAUAGCUGCCUAACAUCUUGAAAGACAUGAGAAUGUGCAAGAACUUUCAACUGGCAAGCAUGCUGGAGGCUUCUUCUGUUCAUUUGAUUACUUUGCUUGAAGGAUCAGGCCCUGAGGUAGCCAAUUGGCUAGCCACAUUUUUGCCAUUGAUUAUAUUCUCCAAUAACAGUACAUCAUGUUUUUCUUAACCUCAUCGGGUUUAGUAAAUAUUGUAGGAGUUAGUAUAGGGCUUAUUGUUGAAACUUGAAAGUACCACAAUGUAUGAUGCAGCUUCCAAUAAAUUUGGCAGGGGGAAGCCUUGCUUGUAACUGACGUACAUAAAUUUGUCCAAUGAAAAUGCAAAUGUAAGUAUCUUGUAUUUAUCAUCAA